UUUAUUGAGGAACAUAGUGCACAUUACAUUGUUCUGUUUCAGUUUGUGUCAGAGCGAAAGGCCAGCUGCCACAUACAUUUUCCCAUUUGUGUCAGAGCUAACGACUGGUUUAAGACUCAAGCUGCACAAAGACUGUUUGGAAAAAUGGCAGGGGUGAACAAAUGCCUGAAAUAUUCCAUGUUUGCAUUCAACUUUUUGUUCUGGUUAUGCGGCUGCGUUAUUUUGGGCGUCUCCAUAUAUCUCCGUGUCAGUAAAGAUGCUCGUCAGAAUUUGAAUUUAGAUGGCACUGGCUUACUGUCUGCCAUUGACCUAAUGAUAGCAGUGGGAUCUAUAAUUAUGGUGCUCGGAUUUUUUGGCUGCUGUGGAGCAAUAAAGGAAAGCCGGUGUUUACUGCUUCUGUUCUUUAUUGGAUUAUUUCUGAUUCUGGCACUUCAAAUAACAGCAGGAAUUCUAGGAGUCGUAUAUAAAUCAAAGAUUGAAGCACAAGUUAACACAACACUACAUGAACGCCUACCAUUAAGCUCCCAGACCGAGGAGUUUAGACAAAACUUAGAAACUAUUCAGAAAGAGAGUAAAUGCUGCGGUCUUGUUAAUGGUUAUUUAGACUGGGCAAAUAGUAUUCCAGCAUCCUGCACAUGCAGUGGUGCAAAUGAUAUCAGUGAAUGCAUCCUUGUCGGAGGAAGAUCAAUUUACAAACAGCCCUGUUCAGAAGUGUUCACUGACUACUUCAAGAGCCACCUUGUAAUCAUUAUUGGGAUAGCUUUUGGACUGGCCGCAGUGGAGCUUUUUGGCCUUGGUUUUUCAAUGACUUUAUACUGCCAAAUAGGGAAGAAAUAAGGAGAAGAGGUGCUUUUUUCAACUGUUUACCAAAGAUAAACACCUUGCAGCCAGCAGAUCUACAGAACAUCUCCAUAUUUCAACGGACACAGCCAGUCAUAAAACAAGUUUCCAGAUGCUAUGAAUUAAGGUUUCUAUUGUUUGUUUCCGAAGGAUUAAAGUCUUUAAUAAUUUU